GGUAAAUCUGCCACCGAAACAAGACGUGCGUGCGUGCCGUUAUGCUAUAUACAAUGUUGCGUACGCGAACGAUCGCCGUGACGAUUUCUUAAAAUAGCUCCGCGUGUAACAGCUCGCGAGGCCAAACUAUCGACAUGGAAAGCCGCGACAGUUGGAGUUCCGAGUUGUUUAUCGAAACGUAAAGUCGAAGCGCAAAGAGAGAGAGAAAGAUGCGGAAUUGUGAGAGGCUGAGAAACAAAAGUAAAAAGAAACUUAAGAGGCCGCAAAAACGGAGAAACAUUUUUCAAUCAAUGAAUUAUUAAAAAGUGAUUUAAUAUAAAAAAAGGACAGUUGAUCAAUGGAUGCGGUUAUGCGGUGAACGGAAAAUCUUUCUGCGACCAAACCGCUGGUUGCACGAUUUCGAACAAUUUCGAACGGAACGACGGAGCGAGAGUGAAGAAGAGAUUGCGUUCGGGAGUAAUUUUCGAGCCGACUGAUAAGUCUCCGCGCGAUCGAUCGAUUGCUCCGAACGAGAUCCGACGCGGUACGCAGCGUCGAUCGUCGGGAUUUCGUAACUUCGAUCGAAAAGUAUCUCGAAAUAGCUCUGAUUAUGUGGACUCUUACGAGUCCACGGCGAUUUUUGAUUCUCAGGAUUCUCCGCGCGACGAUGAGAACCUCGCCCGUUCGCGCGAUGGAAACUGGGACCAUCCUGUGAAGAACCUGUUCGAUGAUCGCGAAGAGGAAAUUUUGUCCAAAUCCUCGUAAGUGUAACGCGUAGUUUCUCGAAGCAACUGCAACGAAAGUUUACGUGUUUUUUCGCGAAUCCGAGAAGAUUCAAACUGUAUCGAGUCGCGCGAAGGAACGCGACUGGGCGAGGACUUUAUCCGACGAUAUAUGUGAAAAGUUCCGCAGGAUACGUGGCACGCCGUCGAGAGUUUUGCCAUAAUCAUUUUCGCGCGCGUUAUCGUCUACAUAGUCACUAUUAUAGGAGAUACCACUUUGUGCGGAAGAUUGACGUAUGCACGCGCGACGGAGCGGGCUAUAUCUUAUGGCAGAUUCGACAAAACCGCCAGCUCUCGCGAUAAUUUAUUCCUCUUUUUAGUCGAGCGGUUUGCGGAAAAAGAAUUGAUAUCUUUAACUAAUCGCGAGUAAGUCGUGUCGGCUUUUUAUUUCGUUUUGGAAACGUUCGGAUGCGAUUGUGAGCUGUGUGUGUUAAUUAACGUGCAAGAGUCGGAAAGAGACGAGUGAUAAGACGCCGUCUGGUGUACCAUGUCAGUGAGUGGAUGGUGAUAGUAGCAAUCACGGGAAGAGAAUGUGAAUCAUUUUAGUAUUCAAGUGUAAGCGUCUCCCGAAUAGUCGCGGAAAUGGCUCUGAGAUGGCAAGCGAGGCUCUCGAUUGCUGCCAUACUCUUCAUGUGCACAGAAGAUACGCUGAGUCUAGGAGAUCGGACGAUAGAUAACAUGGACAGACACGCGAUUCAAACCAGACCACGACAACAAUUGCUGGAUCAUUCUUCCGGACUGAAAGCGAAACCGGAACCCACCUUCGACUUCUCGCAGAAUACUAACGUGACGGCUCUGGUUGGAAAAGCAGCAUACCUCACGUGCCGAGUUCGCAACUUGGGCGACAAAUCCGUAUCCUGGGUCAGGCAUAGAGACAUCCACAUUCUAACGGCGGGAGCAUACACAUACACGAGCGAUCAGCGAUUUCAAGCGCUACAUAGAGAAAAAACGGGUCACAAUAACGAGUGGUCCGAGUGGACUCUCUGUAUAAAAUGGGCACAGAAGCGAGACGAGGGAAUCUACGAAUGUCAGAUUUCCACCAUACCUAUCAAGUCGUAUCAGUUUCAUUUGAACGUCGUUGUACCUACGGCGACGAUACUGGGCGGACCCGAGCUGUACGUCGGUGCUGGCAGCACGAUAAACCUGACGUGCGCCAUACACUUUAGCUCGGAGCCACCAGCCUUCAUUUUCUGGUACUACAAUGCAAACGUACUGAGCUACGACAGUCCCAGGGGCGGCGUCUCGGUGAUAACCGAGAAGGGUGGCGACGUCACCACCUCCUGGCUCCUUAUUCAGACGGCGCAACCCUCGGACUCCGGGGAGUACAGCUGCAAGCCCAGCAACGCCAAUAACGCGUCCAUCAGGGUUCAUGUCCUAAAUGGCGAGCGACCGGAAGCGAUGCAGACCGGGACCGCGGGACCGAUACUGUCCUCGAGUUGUCUAUUGGUGUCCCUCAUCAUUUUGUACAUAUCCUCGGUGUAAAUGGAAACGGAAUGGCGCCACGACUCGGAGUUCACAUCCGUCGCGGUACGUUCCUCAUGCGUUUACGCGCGAAUGCGUUUCCACGUAUUCCAUCUAAUAGAUGUGAUCGCGGGACGAUACUGCAUUUUUUUGUACGGGAUAUAAAGAGAUUCCGAAACAAAAAAUGAUUAAGACAGUGUGUGUUUAGUUGAUAUACGUUUCAUGUAAUUCACGAUGUUUUUAUAAGGAGAAAAAAAACUGCCAAUAAAAAAACAGCAAUUAUCUUCCCAUAAUUAACAGUGUUUACGAUUAACUGAUUAUCGAAAGCAUUGUGAAUUACAAUUAAUUAGCGAUACGUCAAAUUACAAGAUGCAUACCGUAAAGCAAGAAUGCGCGAAGCGAAAACGCUCACGCGAAUCUAUUCCUUCUCUUUUUUGAUCUCAAAAGGAACGAUGAUACACAUCGAGUUACUGCCGAACUGAUUGGUUUCUUCCUAUCGAAGGACGCCACUUUCUCCGUGCACCACUAAUUAAUAACACUCUCGUGCCGACGUGCAUCAGAAAUCAAAAUGGAGAAUGCAAGAAUGCAUGUACUUUUGUCGCACGCAUUUCGACUGGCCGCGAUGGAAUCGUGCGUGUUAUCGAUGUGAACGCGGUCGCGACGGAAGGAGAGAGAGAGAGAGAGAGAAAGUAUGUAUAUGUGAAUGUGAGUGUGUAUGGAUGUGUGUAUGUAUCUUUCAGUGGAAAGGCAUUUAGUUAAGUAAACGUCGAUGCUAAUGCCGGAAGCGCGGGCGUUUCGUGGCGAAUCUGGCGCAUAAGAAGCCCCCUUUUCUCCACGAACGGGAGAAAAAAGGGUCGCGAUCACCGCGGUUGGACUCCCCCUCCGAUAAUCUAGGUAAUCCGCAUCGGGAGAAACCGAUUUACGAGAAACGUAAAGGCGAGAAGCAAUUGCCUUUACGGUACGUUUUACGAGAGGGCGAAUCUUGGGAAUGCAUGCUACGUGGAUUCAAUGGAAAAUAAAACGUGACUGGAGUGCUCAAUUUGACAAUUUUCCGUAUUUCAUAAAAAUGCCGUGCGAUAUAAUCGACGCUCAUAUACUAUCCGCGAUAUCACUUUUUGGUCCCGGUAUAACGCUCCCCGUAAUUUUAUUACGAUUCGCCAAGUUAUCUCUGCACGUUUUCUCAAGGAUUAGUCUUAUCACAAUUAAAAAUAUCUCUCAAAUUUCAACACUUAAAAAAAAAUUCCUGCUUUAAAGUGUUAUAAAUUUUAUAACUGUUCUAAAAUAAGACUUUUUAUAUUAACGGAUAAUUUUGUUAUACAAUAAAUUUUAUGACAUUUGUAGAAAAAGUUUUUGCAAUCAACCUUAUCAUUAUCACAUGAUAUAGAUCAAUGCACUGAUCAAUUUGUCUCUAUUUUCUUUAUCAAAUAGAAACUAGAAAAUAAUAAAAAAUUUACGUAAAAAUAUAUAUGUCAUCACCCAUAAUCAAAUAAUUUGAAAGUACUGCUAUGUCAAAAAGUAUUGAUCGUUGAAGAUAUUAUUUAUUUUUCUAGGCAUAGAAUGAAAAGUUAAAAAAUUGAUAUUGAUAGCUGUAUAUAAAUUUUAACGUACGCACUAAACUUAAAAAAACUAUCGAUUCUGUAUUAUUGUUUGCUGCAAAUACUUGCACACAUCUUUAUGUAACCGUUUUACAAAUCAAUCAUAUUAAUAAUUAUAAUUAUACAAAUGCGUAUCAAUUAUACUAAACCAUUAAUUUAAACAAUUAGCCAUUGAUGUGAUACUAAAAAUGUUUAAAUUCAAAUAAAUUUUAGCAAAUAUUUUCAAUAUAAUUAGAUACAUAUAUUCGAUAAGACACAUUUUAGUACGAGACGGUAUGCAUUGAUUCGCGUAUUGUGAAAUUGUAUCUAAAUUUAUGUGUGUUCGUUUAAUUCAUGAUUGAACUCGUGAUAUCGAGAAUUAGUAACUGAAUGCAAUCAGCAUAAACUCACAAUCGGCUUAAGUAUCCCAUUGUGAACGCUUUAAUUAUGACCUAAUUUUCUAUUGUUCACGAUUAGCCGUUAAUUAAAGGCUUCAACAAUGUUGAAUAUGGAAAUAAAUUAUCGAGACAUGUUUAAUUUCAAAGUUUCUUAUUGGGAUAUAUAUAAGAUUAAUAAUUAUCAAGAUUUAAAAUAAAUAUGAGAAUAAAAUGCAUAAAAAACAAUAUGUAAUA